GUUAAGCAUCGUUUUAUUAGGAAAUUUACAUUAUGGUUAAAUAGAAUUUUCAACAAAAUUUAGAAGAUAAAAUUUUACUUGUUUAAAUUUUUUUGAAGGAAUAUUAUUAUUCUAUAGUAUUUUCAAAAUUGAGUAAAAUAGCAAAAAGGAAAAAAGUUUAGUUCUGAAGCUGUCAAGAUAUUUAAUUUAAAUAGAAAUGGCUUUUUCUGGAAGACCACCAAUGGUUCCACCGUCUAUGUCUUACAUCGCCGGUACCAAUGUGCCACCGCCGGUAAUGCCACCAUUGACUGCACACGGUCUGCCGCCGAGUUUGCCUCCAUUGAAUCAGCCUCCUCCAAGACCAAGUUUUCGGAAUGCUGCGACAAUUAGUUCGCAACCCACUGUAUAUAAUAGGGUAGAACAAAUUCAAAACAUUCAAGUACAACCCAAAGGUCCUGUAAUAACAGUUUUUAUUGGUAACAUUGCCGAAAACGUUUCCGAAAACUUAAUAAAAAAGAUUCUUGCAUGCUGUGGUCCAGUUGUUAAUUGGAAAAGGGUAUCAACGUUCGGAUUUUGUGAAUAUGAUGGUCCUUUGGCGGGUCUUAGAGCUGUUAGACUCUUGCAUGAUUUGGAAGUUGAUGGUAAAAAAUUAGUUGCAAAAGUAGAUGCUAAAAAUAAGCUUUUGUUGGAUAAUUAUAAGGAGGAAGAAAUCCGUAACGGAACUCAAAAACCUGAAACUGAGCGGGAGGAAGAUGAAAUUGCCAUUAGGUUUAUACAAAAAACUCUAUCAGAGGGUGAAAAAGAAACAAAUGGACCACCAGAAAAAACAUUUUUGCCAUUUUCCGUUAAAAAAAAUCUAAUGGAUCCUGCGGAAAAACGAUCAAGUAAAGCCUUAGAAGCUGCCGAUUUAGAGGAUGAUAAGCGCGAUUUAAUAAGUAGGGAAAUUGGAAAAUUUCGAAAGACGGCCGAAGCAGAGGAUAGUAAAAAAGAAAAAGAAAAAGAUAGAAAAAAGAAAGCCGAAGAAAAAGAUAAGGAAAAAGACAAAGAUAAAGAAAAAUCCCCCAGAAAGGAUAAAGAAAAGGAAAAGGAGAGAGAAAAGGAAAAGGAUAAGAAAUCAAGAAGACGAAGCAAAUCCCGAGAUAGAGAAAAGGAAAGAGAACGAGAACGAGAACGGGAGCAUCGGGAAAAAGAAAGAGAACGGGAACGUGAACGUGAAAGAGAACGCGAAAGGGAACGUGAGAGAGAACGGGAGCGUGAAAGGGAACGGGAAAGAGAGAGAGAACGAGAAAGAGAAAGGGAGCGUGAGGAAGUAAAAUCGACAAAAAAUGUUCGUGAUAUUCAAAGGGAAAAAGAGAUUGAGGAAGAAGAACGUGAACGUAAGAAGGCCGAAAAAAAGGCACGUGAAAAGGAAGCGGCUUAUCAAGAAAGGUUAAGAAUUUGGGAAGUUAGGGAAAAACGAAAAGCUAAAGAAUAUGAAAAGGAAAGGGAAAAGGAACUACUGAAGGAAGAGGAACGAGAAAAAGAAGCGAAACGCUUAAAAGAAUUUUUGGAAGACUAUGAUGAUGAAAGGGAUGAUCCAAAAUAUUAUAAGGGUCGAGAACUGCAACGUCGAUUGGCCGAGCGGGUUAGGGAAGCGGAUCUUGAUGCAAAGGAUCGUAAUCGAGAGCAAGAAGAACUAGAAGAGCUUAGGAACAAAAUAUUUAGUGGAGAAUACGACAAUCCUACACAAGAAUUUGAACGAGUGAAAAAAGAGCGUGAGAACAUGUAUAAACCUAAAAUAAUUAUAGAUGUUAAUUUAGAAGCAACUCAACAACGUGAGCGCGAAUUGGAGCGAGAACGUGAACGAGAAAUGGAGCGACAGAGAAUAAAAGAAAAAGAAAGACUGCAAAAAGAACGUUAUGAAAGUCGUAUGGAUUUAAUUAGUUCUGAUAUAAUUGAUUCUGACUCUGAAUUGGCAUCAAGAAAUUUAGGAAAUGGUAAAUACCGUGUUGGUAGUAUAGGUCGUGAGCCAUCUGAAUCGAGAGAUUCUCAUGUUGCUAGUGUUACAAAUACACACAACUUUCAAAAUGAUGAAGAAUCACGGUCAUCAUUGCAUUCAUCAAAUAAUCAUAUUCUAAGUCCUACAAAUAGUAAUGUAAAUACAACUCCAUUACAAGCUCCAAUAAUUAGUUUAAAUUUAAAUGCUAAUGCUAAAAAGAAAAAACUGGAAGUUAAAGGCGUUUUCAAUAUGGAUGAUGAAAAUGAUGAAAUUAGUGGCCCUAAAAAACGUAAACUCGUUCCUUUAGACUACGAUGAAAAUAAUCCAAAUGUAAAGCUGAAUUUACAAUCAGACACGUUAUCAGCACCGAAUUCUAAUACAUCGGUACAACAUUCAGUUAAUCAAUCAUCAAAAUCAAAAAGUUCAUCUAGGCGUGAAAAAACUGAAUCAAUUAGUUCUAAUACUUCUGAUGUACCAGUUAUUAGAACGGCAGAAGAGAAGCGACGUCAUAUAAAAAGUAUUAUAGAUAAAAUUCCGACUGAAAAAGUUGAUCUAUUUAAUUAUAAAUUGGAUUUUGUUGAAAUUGAUAAUACUUUGAUGGAGAAAAAAAUUCGUCCAUGGAUCAAUAAAAAAAUUAUUGAUUAUAUAGGCGAACCUGAACCGACAUUAGUGGAUUUUAUAUGUUCAAAAGUAUUGGCUGGUAGUACUCCUCAAAGCAUAUUGGAUGAUGUUCAAAUGGUUCUUGAUGAAGAAGCCGAAGUAUUUGUUGUUAAGAUGUGGCGCCUACUUAUUUAUGAAGUUGAAGCUAAGAAAGUUGGUCUUGGUAAAUAAGUAAUUUUAGAAUUCAAUAAAAUUCAAAAUAAAAAAAGACCUUUAAAAUGAAGUCGACAUUACCUUUCCCUGUAUUUAGUUUUCAUAUUUUUUUUUUUGGCAAAAUUAAAAAGUAAAGAAAAAGUAAUAUGAUUAAAAUAGUAUCAUAACGUAGUAACAAAAAAUAAAUAUUCUAUGCAAAAUACCAGUUUUAUAAAACUAUAAAUUUACUGUAAUUCAUUGGAAAUUGUCAAUAAGUUAUUUGAAUUUUCGUGAAAUAAUCGCUAUAAAAUAAUAUUUUAAA